AUGACCCCCCCCCCUUUCCAUCCCGCCCCUGCUUGUGAAUGUUCUGUUCUGUUGAGCAGAUAUUCUCCGCUGUUGUGUUUUGACGUGCCCGACAUGGACCAUGCCGUCCAGCGAGCUUUAGGGAUGGGGGGCCACCUGGACGGGCCGAUAAAGUACCCGGCGCACGGAGCGGUGGCGUCGAUCCGAAGCCCCGACGGGCACAUGGUUGGCCUGUUUCAGCCGGAUGACCAGGAGGGCUUGUGA